AUUUCAUGGUAUUUUACAUGGAUGUACAGCACAUCUGGUAACUACUUGUUACUGUAAAAUAUCAUUCAAAUACAUUUUGAUUGACUGAUUAAGUCCAUUUUGAGCCAAACUGUAUGUGACAAUCCAAUCCAAUCCAAUCCAAUCCAACUUUAUUUCAAAAGCAUUUUAAAAACAACAGAGCUGACCAAAGUGCUGAACACGACAAUAAAAUGACAGUAAAAACGAACAAUAAAAUAGUAAAAUAACAGACAAGUAAAAAGUCAAACAACUCUUCCUUUAUUAAAAGGCCAGGGAGAAAAGGUGAGUAAGAGCGGACUUAAAAACAGGAAGUGAGUCUAUCUGUCUAAGAUACAAGGGUAGAUCAUUCCAUAGAUUUGGACCCACACUGGCAAAAGCACGGUCUCCUCCAGUUCGAAGAUCUGUAUCUAGAGUGGCCAGCAAGGACUGGCCUGCUGGCCUAAGAUUGUGCCCUGGGACAUAGGACUGCAGCAACUCUGAGAGAUACCUGGGAGCGAGACCAUGAAGACAUUUAAAAACAAGUUAAAUAAUUUAAACAUCAAUACAAUACGAAACAGGGAGCCAAUGCAAGACUUUCAUAUUUGUUCAUACAGUUCAUAUUUGUCAUGUACUGCUGUGAUAUUUGGCUUUUAUGGUGGGGUCUUUAUUUGGAUGAUUUUUAAUAGGCUGAAAUAGAUUUAAAAAACAAUCUUUUUAACAUCGUGUUUUGUCAUUGACUUCUCAGUCUUUUUUUUUUUUUUUGCUGAAUUUUGAGUCUGUUGUAUUUCUUCGAUUAUUAUUAGGGGACGAGCUCUCCUUGAGGGCAAGGUCUCUCUCAUUAUUAUUAUUAUUAUUAUUAUUAUAUUUCGCAAUAACUGACAGUUUCUCAUUGAGGGCUACCUGUUGAAGCCCCGCCUUAAUUUUUCCCAUCCACCAAUGAGCGGUCGAGAAACGUCGAAGCGGAAACACAAACCCGGAAGUGUUUCAGAAGUAAACAAAGCGGGAGAGGAAGCCACGUCGGCUGGGAGUAGAAGUGCAGGAAGCGGUUGUGUCUGUGAAGAUAUUCGGGUUUAUGUCGGGUUUGUGUUGCAGCUGGGUUUAGGAGCUGACAUGGAGGAGCCCGGAGGUGUGGUUGUCGCCUCGGAGCGAUACGGCAGCGCGGAGUCCUGGAAGUACUGGGCUCAAGAUGGAGCGAUGGAGAGGAGGAGAGAAGGGGGAGAGGGUCGGUCCACUGGGAACUCUGUGGUUUCAGUUUUCAAAAGUGUUUUUCUGCCUCAAGGGUAUCCAGAGAGCGUCAGUGAUGAUUACCUGCAGUACCAGUUUUGGGACACUGUGCAGGCUUUCUCCAGCUCCCUGUCAGGGACUCUGGCCACCCAGGCUUCUCUCAAAGGAGUUGGAGUUGGAAACCAAGAGGCGACUGUCGCUGCAGCCACAGUGACCUGGUUAUUAAGAGAUGGAACCGGGAUGUUGGGAAGGAUCCUCUUCGCCUGGCAGAAAGGGAGUAAGCUGGACUCUGAAGCCAAGAAGUGGAGACUUUUUGCCGACGGCCUCAACGAUCUCGCCAUGUUCAUGGAAAUCCUGGCUCCGCACUUUCCUGCCUUCUUCACCCUGAUUUUGUGCACGGCCGGGGUAUUCAAGUCCAUCGUCGGCGUGGCGGGCGGCGCCACCCGGGCGGCUCUCACCGUUCAUCAGGCUCGCAGGGACAACAUGGCCGACAUUUCUGCCAAAGACGGCAGUCAGGAGACUUUGGUGAAUCUGGCCGGACUCCUGGUCAGUUUGAUCCUCAUUCCUCUCGUCACUGAUAAUCCAGCUCUGACUGUCGGCCUCUUCUUCCUCUUCACCAUCCUCCACCUCUUCGCCAACUACAAGGCGGUGCGCUCGGUCGUCAUGGAAACCUUCAACGAGGCGCGGCUGUCCAUCGUCCUGCAGCAGCACCUGAGAGACGGCGGAGUCCUGAGCCCGGCGGAGGCCAAUCGGAGGGAGCCAGUGUUGUUGGAUUUUGGAAAAUCGGUGCCAAUCAAGCUGGGAGUGAGGCUACAGGAAGUUGUCCAGAGCCCAGACGAGCUGAGUUUGGCAUUAAAGGGAAACAGCAGGCCAUUCCUCCUCGGAAUCAGAAACGGGUGUGUUUGUGUUUGUUUGGGACCGGAGGCAUCCGUCCGUGAUGAAAUCAGAGCCGCCUGUCAGGCCCUGUGGCUCAGCAGCAGAGCUGGACGUCCCGAGCAGCAAAGCCACUGGGAGCUGGUGCAUGAGAGUCACAAGCUGAUGGACACAACCUUCAGCGCAUUUCUCAAAGGUGCUGAAGCUGCAGGAUGGGACGUUAACCGGACUCUGCUGGACUGGGACGAGUGGAGGGUGGAGUGGAAAACAAAAAGCAGCUGAGCUGUUUCUCAAAGUUCAUUUCUCGUUCUUUUUGUGAAAUAAACAAUAUUUUUUUUUAACUCA